GUUGGCAGACACACGAGAAGGCUCAUGUUUUCCUGCGGAUUGCGAAACAUACGCAGGUUCAUUGGUGCAUUUGCGAGCUUGGGAACAACCUGCGCAUGAAGAUAAAUCUGCACACAUUGCCCCCACAGCAAAGAAGUGUGCGUUGCUGCCCUGACAGCCGUCCUAUGUUAUAGCGGAUUCGUUAAGCAUUUGGAAGAUUAAUCCUUUCAAAGUACUACGUGCAUCAGUCAAGAUGGAAAGAUACGUUGCCUUUUUGUUCGUGUUUGUCACCACUUCCGCCGUCACCGUGCAGUCAGCAGAAGUUCUGAAGCCAUCCAUCGAGCAAGCGGAGAAACGCGUACAGGAGCUCAGCCGGCUCUUGUACGACAUUAAAAAUACCAUUCAGCCUCGGCAUUGCAGCGAUCUUUUGCAUGCUGGUCAAACGAAGAGUGGCGUUUACACAGUGUUCCAUAAGGCCGCGGGACCUUCGGGGCAGAGCGUCUACUGUGAAAUGAAAACAGACGGCGGUGGUUGGACGGUGAUACAAAGGCGAGGACAGUUUGGAAACAGCGUCUACCAUUUCUAUCGAAACUGGACAGAAUAUGCCAAUGGCUUUGGUGAUCCUGCUCAGGAGUACUGGAUAGGAAACAAUGCUUUGCACGCGUUGACGUCCGGCGAUGAAGACAUGUCUCUUCGGGUGGUGCUGAAGAAUAACACAGAAGAUAGUGUUUCCGUCGACUUCGAAAGCAUUCGCGUCGGCAAUGAAGACGACCUAUACAGGCUGCACAUGGGAAAGCUGCUUGGCCCAGAAGGCUGGGACGCAAUGGUUCACGCCAACGGUCACCACUUCUCCACCUUUGACCGCGACAACGAUUCUGGUCCUGCCAACUGUGCGGUCAUGUACCGAGGUGGUUGGUGGUACAGUCAGUGCCACGCGGCGAACCUUAACGGGCUCAACCUGAAUGGACCGCAUGACAGCUACGCAGACGGAAUCGAGUAAAGCGUGAGAGGCCAACCAGGGCGUCUGUACCAUUAUUCUUAUCCCGCUGUUGAAAUCAUGAUUCGGCCUGCCGGGUCCUUGCUUGACCGCCGAAGCCAGCUCCUGUCUCUCCCGUUAUCCUAAAUUUAGAUGGCGCACAUUGGCGAACAAACGCCUGACGUUGUGCGGCAGCUCACCGACACAGUCACCUGUAUAACUGUUAUAAGCAGUCCGUGAUACAGUGUAACGAAUACUUACGACCGGCGUCAGGGCCACUGUCACUGUGAUGGGCACAGCACUGAAUAGCUUAAAGUUGCUCCUGAAUAUGUUCUGCAGGUAAACUUCAAGGGAAUGCACUUGACGUGAGUUUUCUUUUUCACGCGAUGUAUCAUUGUGCAUAACUGCACACAGAAAAAGUUCUUCAUAACACUUUACCGUCUUUAGUUCAUGAAAGUUGCUUUAUGGCAUAAUUGCAACCAAUGUUGCAGCAGAUGGGCAAUGACUGUGAGAUUAGUUUGUCAGAUAAAUAUGGACAGACAUCGAACGUAACCCAUGAUAUAACACCCUUCCAAAGAUAUCACAGAACAAUAAAACCUACUAUAGGACAAGGUCGAAACAUGUGGAUGCUGACUUGCUCCACUUUCCAUAGGGUAGUUAAUUUGUAAUGGAGCAACCUAUCGCACGAGAAUUAUCCAUGCAGUGAAGGAAGACACAAUGCACUUGCUUGGAACUACAUUUAACUCCCGAGCAUGCUUGCAUGAAAACGCUGAUAUAUAAGUCGCCUUUGUUGCCCUCUUGCCGUCUACAUCUCUCAUACCACCCUUGACAAUGCUGGUGCUAAGCCACAGCGAGCUUUAUUUGUCAAGGAAGGGAAGGCCUGUCACGUACGAGCACUGGUAUUCAUUAAUAAACAUCACUUACGCACACAAAUCCAACGAAAGACAAAGGGCGUCCAACAGGGACAAGCAUAAAGUUCCAACUGACAAGGUUUGUCUCAAGUGCACUUCUGCGUCGCGUAUGUCACGCGUGCGCUGCUCUCAGGCGAUGAAGCACCCACUAGGCCAUAGUGAUUUUUUGUGCUACUCAGUCUUCUAUAUCAACACAGCCAUCAUGCGGCUAAAUGCGUGUUAUUGCUUAGUAAGAAAGCCUGUAAUUUCCAUUGCGAUGAAACAUAUGUUCAUCAAUAAAAACAAAAUAGCCAUUAAAAGCCCAGAAGACAAGAAAGACAUUAAGAGGAGAGCUCGUACUGACGAGCUCCCUGUCUUCGUUUUCAGGGCUCAUUUCUUUACGUUUAUUACUACGAUUUAUACUGUCUUUCAAAUCACACUCAUGAUCAUCAACAUCAUCAGCCUAAGGUAUGCACAUACAUAUACGAGGAAGGCCUCUCUAAGUGAUCUCCAACUAAAUCCCUCUUCGGUCAGCUUGCUCCGCUGAUAUUAUUAUUUGUAAUUUAUUCACACUACCUAUUUACCAUCCCUUGUCACCAUUUCUCUCGAUUUAAAAGAUCAUCUCGUUGUAUGUUCUCCGAAAUACAUUGUCUGCACAACUACAGUACUUCCUUCUAAACUUAAAUAUGCUACCUGCUACCCCUUUUGCUUUCUAAUAGGCAUGGCACUAUUCGUGGAAGUUAACGUUACUCCUAAGAUUUUUUUGUUUCACCGCAGAUUGCGCGGUAAUUAUUUUUUCAAACUAUUGUUAAAGUAUACAAAGAAGGCGAUCAUAUGAUGCGUACAAGUGGGGAUAUAGAGCCUAUCAUGCCAUCAAAAAACUUGGUUUCCUUAUCAUACAGAGCGAUUGAAGCCUGGCAGGCACGUGGGCCUGGAGUUAACAUGUCUAAAGCAAGCUUCUACAAUCUCCCGGUUCAUUUGGUUUCUAUUUUUUACUGUAUUUCAGUUUUUUGAAACAAAGGUCUUCAAGCGCCAAUUCUGCAAUGCGCGGCUAUAUUUGAGCCGCGCAAUGAGUAGAUGUUCAGCUGAGAUUUUUAAGUUUUGCAACAGCUAAGUACUCUAAAGGAGUCUGGCUUUCCAAACCCCAAGGUUUUGCCAAUUUGUGAAGCGAUCGUAAAGAAAAUAUAAAAGCGGGAUCAGCCGAGCAGCAGAUCGAAACGGGAAGAAAGUAUUCGCUCUUUCCCUAUGUACAUCAAAUAGGUUUAAAUAGAGACAGCUAUGAUGUACGGUGUUGAUGUUGUUGCUUUCGCUAAGAAUUCGUUAUACAAGACAUGCACUAUUGUUAACAGGCCUAGGUGCGCGUCCAAUGCCAUUUGCAAUUUGUGAACCCAGUCGCAUAUCUCAGCCAAAAUUCUAUCUAUAAGGUAACCAUGUUUUCUGAUGAUGAGAUAGGCUGACACCAUUUCACCACUUAUACGCAUCCCAUGAUUCCAUUCCGCGUAUAUUUGAUCCCUUGAUUGAAAUAAAUAAACCAGUUGUCAGUCUGCCCUCGUAUCGUCCGCUUCCUUUGUUCGCGCGAGUUGCGCUGCCCGUAGGAACAUCUGCAGCUACCAAUUCGCCCAGCUUGCUUUGUUCAUGUUUUUAACUUGCUCCGAAGUUUCUUUAUUCUCUUGCAUAUGUCAGGCACUUGGGAUAUUAACUUUAGAAUGUUAUGCUUGUACACGUUUCUUUCAAAGAUUAUGAGAACCCGAGAAAUAUCAGAAUUAACACAUGGUGCGUCGCUAUCCGAAGGACCUUUACAUGCAUGAAAUAACAAGAAAGAUUGAACUGCGUCGGUAUGUAGCACUUCGUACUAAAGUUUAGGGUAUUUAUCUUCGCCUGAAAAAUUUUGGACAGUGUUACUUGGCCUACCACCUUUCUAUGGCGGUAUCCGAUGUAUUUAUAACCUGAAUAAAGUUGUGAAUUGAAGGUACGCUGCAAAUAAAUACUUUUGGAGUGACGA